GUCCCGCAGCCAUGCUGGGCGCCGCCAGACCGAGCUCCCCGGCCCCGCCGCCGCCGUCUCCCCUCGCGCUCCGCGGCCUGUACGCCUGGCUGGACCGACUGCCGCUCAGCCGUCCCAAGCGCCACCUGGCCCGGGACUUCAGCGACGGCGGUGAGGGAGGCACGGGCCCGAGGCGGAGCGGGAUGUGGCCGGCCAGACGCGAUGGCCCGGUUGGGGCCAGUGUCUCCCGAAGUGUCCCAGCUCCCCGGGCUCCCUGCAAAGUGCUGAAGACCCCAGAACAGGUGAUGCUGGCGGAGAUUGUGAAGCAUUACCACCCCCGGCUCGUGGACCUGCACAACUACGUGCCCACCUGCAACACGGACCAGAAGCUCAGCAACUGGAGCACCCUCAACAGGAAAGUCUUUCACAAGCUGCGUUUCUGUGUCUCAGAGGGGGAUAUCCGAAAGGUGGUGGCCAACACGCCCGGGGCCAUCGAGCCCAUCCUGUGCGCGCUGAAGGAAAAGGUGAUGGACGGCGCUGUCCGCGAGGACCCACCCAGCACAGGCUUGCUCAUCGGUGCAUUUGAUCCAGGAGUCUGCAGUGCGGAUGCUGAUGGACUGUGGCUGGGGCUCGCGACCACCCCCCACGCUGGCCUGCCGAGCUCCCCAGUGCCUUCCGGCGUGAAGACCCUUCAGAGUCAGAGGACAGAGAAGACGGGACACUAUGCGUGCAGAGGUUGGGACCCCGCCGGUGGGCCCCGGAAGCACCUGAACACUGGGGUGCAGCAGCUGCUGGAGGAAAAGGAGCAGGCGCUGGCCAUUCUGCAGGAGACCGUCCAGGUUUUGCAGAUGAAGGUGGUCAGACUGGAGCACCUGGUGAAGCUGAAGGACCAGCGGAUCAAUGAGCUGACCAGACGAGGGAUUGAGCCCCAGUGAGCAAGAGGCCUCAGGGAGAGGCUCCAAUGUCAACUAGACCCUGAACUUGAACCCGCACGGACCUCGCCCAGACCAGAUGUGGCCGCACACUGUCCAGCAGGCUGAGGGACAUCUUGUACAAAGAGUGGGGGGUGGGCAGCAGUGUGCGGAACUCACGAGCCUGGAGGUCAGGGAGGCCAGGGACUCGGGGCUGCACGUUGGCUCCUGGCUGUGCCACCAGCUUAGUUUGGAAGUGAAGACUUGGGUCUGGUUGCCUU